GGAGGGUUGGGUUUGGGUCUUGGAUUUAGAGAUGUGGAGUUCAGGAGAACCAGCGGAUUCCUUCUACGCCGUCCGUCCCGAAUUUAACGAUGCCACCAAGACUCGCUUCAAGAUAAAGGCUGGCAAAACUCUUAGCGCGCGAAGGUGGCGUGCGGCAUUUAACCCAGAAGGUUACUUGGAUAUAGGCCAGACUCUGGGCAGAAUUCAGCGAGGGGGUGUUCAUCCUUCAAUUAGAGGAGAAGUUUGGGAGUUUUUACUUGGAUGUUUUGACCCUGUAAGCACCUAUGAGGAGCGAGAGCAGCUGAGAUUAAAACGGAGAGCGCAAUAUACCCAAUGGAAAGAAGAGUGCCGUGAGAUGGACUCUCAUGUGGGCAGUGGAAAGAUUAUAACCGCUCCAAUAAUCACUGAGGAUGGGGAACCUAUACACGAACCUUUAGUGCUUAUGGAAGCCACUCCAGAUCAAGCUGCAUCUAACAAACUAGUUGAUUGUCAUGGAAGUGAUGCGAGUAGGGAAAAAACAACAAGCAAUGUGCCUAUGGAUAAGAAGAUAAUUGACUGGAAGCUUACCCUUCAUCAGAUCGGUCUCGAUGUGCUCCGGACUGACAGGACACUUGUGUUUUAUGAGAAGCAAGAAAAUUUGUCAAAACUUUGGGACAUUCUAGCUGUAUAUGCCUGGAUUGACAAAGAUGUCGGCUAUUGUCAAGGAAUGAGUGAUCUUUGCUCCCCAAUGAUAAUACUACUGGAAGACGAAGCAGAUUCAUUUUGGUGCUUUGAACGCUUGAUGCGUAGACUGCGAGGAAAUUUCAGAUGCACAGACAGUUCUGUUGGGGUGGAGAACCAACUUCAAAGUCUGGCGUCCAUAACCCAAGUUCUUGACCCAAAGCUUCACCAACACUUGGAAACACUAGGUGGAGGUGAUUAUCUCUUUGCGUUCCGUAUGUUUAUGGUUUUGUUCCGCCGAGAGCUUUCAUUUGGAGAUUCUUUGUACCUUUGGGAGAUGAUGUGGGCUUUAGAGUACGAUCCUGACCUCUUUUCCAUGUACGAAGAACCAGGUGCCAUUGACAAAACCGAUGGUUCUAAAGGAAAAGCAAAAUCAAUUCGCCAUUUUGGAAAGUAUGAACGAGAUAAUUUGAAGAACGGAGGGAAACAUGCUGAAGAAGGCCCAUUGCCAAUUACAGUUUUCCUUGUUGCCAGUGUUCUCAGGGAGAAAAGUGCAAAGCUGUUGCAUGAAGCACAUGGUCUGGAUGAUGUCGUAAAAAUUUUGAAUGAUGUGAAUGGAAAUUUAGAUGCAAAGAAAGCUUGCACCGGUGCUAUGAAGCUUCACAGAAAAUAUUUGAAAAAGGCAAAGAAGACGUAGUACUUAAAAUGAAAUAUUGGACUGGGAUGAGUAUUAAUUUGUCAAUGAAACACUGACCAAGACUCCACAGUUUGUUGACCUCAAAUAACAAAAGUUCCUACGCCAUUGUUUACUGUAAUCAUUGUAUGUAUUACAUGUAUUUGUACAAUAUAUGUUGUAUUCAUCUGAAUUAAGAUGUAUACGAAUAUCUUAAAAUGUAGAUUUAUACUGUACUUAUCCCUUGAAUAAAUGCACAAUACUUACUGCUUGGAAGCUAAUA